AUGCUGCGGUGGGAGAUCUUGUCUUCGUGCCCAAAGUCCAAAGCGCUACGGUCACUAUGGCUCAAGUUAUUCAGGACGUUGAAGGCUUCUCCUCUUCCGGCCCCAGCCUUCUUGAGCGCUUGCGCCAUGGCUGCCACUAGCGCUGCACUCCGAUCGUUUGACUCCGUGCCCAGCCUUGGCAAGGCUUUCGUUUUCCUGGCCCGGAGCAAGCUUUGUUCAACGCUCAUGCAGAAGGGCAGUGAGCACCCGCGGAUGUUCAAGAUGCACCUUGGGCCCCAGACCGCCUGUGUGGUGACACAUCCGGAGCUAGCGAGAUCCGUGCUGACGCGUCCCAAGGACUUCAUCAAGAUGGAGGUCCCGCGGAACACCGCCAGUGCGCUCGACAAUCUGCUCCAGCGCAGCAAGGACGGCACCGCAAGCGUUCUCAUGACGAACGGGCAGGAUUGGGCCACACAGAGAAAACCUGUCGAUCCGGCCUUCGAGAAGCAGGCCUUGCGCAACCUCCUGCCCAAGUUCAACGAUUGCUCCGACAGGCUUCUGGAGACGUGGAGGGGUGCAGACGAGGUGGAUGCCAAGCAGGACAUGUCCCGUUUCGCUUUGGACGUGCUUGGAUCGGCGAUGCUGGGCCAGACCUUCGGUGCCAUUGAUGGCACCUUUACUGACAGCUACGAGCACUACAAGUACAUCAUGCUUGAGCAGACCAACCCCGUGUACAUGUCUUUCCCUUUCCUGGAGCGCCUCCCAACCUCCCGGAAUCGUCGCAUGAGGGAGGCGGUGCAUCACAUGCAUGGCGUCCUGCAAGGUGCGAUAGAUGCUCGCGUGCAGCUGCGUAAGGACCAGCAGGCAGCGGGCACUCUUUCGGACGAGCCUCAGGACAUGCUUGACAUGUUGCUCGGACCGGGUGUGGAUGUGCCGGCAGAUGGAGUGCUGCCGACGGAGGGAGCCUUGCUGCCGAUGCUUUGGAUCUUCUUCAUUGCCGGGCACGAUACCACUGCGAUCUCUUUGGCUUGGAUACUGUACUACCUCGCAAAGUAUCCCGAGGUCCAGAGGAAAGCUCGCGAAGAGGCUCAGCAGCUUCUGGCCGGCCGGAAAGAUCCGACUCCUGAGGAUCUGGACAACGUGCCGUACCUCUCUGCCGUCAUCAACGAAGGCCUUCGUGUGCGCCCGCCCAUCUUCAAUCUCUACACUCGUCAGGCGGCCCAUGACACUGAGCUCGACGGCGUUCUCGUCCCGAAGGGAACGGGAAUUUCGUUGCACAUCGGAGCCAUCAACAAGCAUCCAGAGGUUUGGGGGGAAGCUGAGGACUUCAACCCGGAGCGAUUCCUGAAGGAAAAGCAGCCCCGGGUGUUCCACAACCUCCCUUUCUCGGCAGGACCUCGUCGCUGCCUUGGUGACAAGUUCUCCUUGAUGGAGCAGAAAUCUCUGUUGCUGAAGCUCCUCACACAGUACGAGGUCUUGCCACACGAGAGCACCCUCGACGGCGACAAGAACUUUACCUCCACCAUGACAGGUUUCAUAUUCCUGCAACCUGACAACAUCAAGGUCCGCCUGCAGGCUGUGCAGUAA